UCAUACAGGACAGAGUACAGACUCCGAGGCUGACUGGAGGGUUUACCUUUGUUUCCUGAAGGUUUCGCUCUCCACUCGCACAGGAGAGACAAAGUUUCUUUUACCAGCAAUGAAGUAAAGGAAAAGCCUGUUGCACGCAGAGAUUCAGAGGAGAUCCGGCAUCCAUGGAGUCCAAUCUGUCCUGCCUGUCUUCGCUGAAAGAAGAAGACAAUGUGGUUUACGUUCAGCCACAUUACAGAGAGUCCUACCGCCUGGCCAUUUACGCCCUGCUCUGUGGCGGCAAGGAGGCCUACGAGGAGUUCCUCCGAGCCGAGCAGAUCAGCCACUUCCUGUCAGAGGAGGAGAUCUUCUUCAUCUUGCAAAAUGCAGAGCUGCCCGCCGUGGAGGACGACAACAUAGACGGGAGACGGGUCGCGGACGACCUCAGCCCCUCCACCUACUUCCCGACGGAGUCCGACGAGGAGGUGCCGGACCUGGACCUGGGCUGGCCGGAGGUCAUGCUGGAGGGCACGGACACCAGCAUCAGCCUGCUGUUUCACCCGCCCAGACAAAACACACCGACCAUCAAGGAAGUGGUUCGCAAACAGAUUCAGGAGGCGAGGCAGGUUAUCGCCAUAGCGAUGGACGUCUUCACCGAUGUGGACAUCUUCAAGGAGCUCAUCAGUGCCACAUUGAGGGGGGUGGCGGUCUACAUCCUGCUGGAUGACUCCCAGUUCAGGAGCUUCCUCAUCAUGUCGCGCAGGGUGGGCAUCAACAUCCAGGAUUUCAAGAACAUCCGUGUUCGGACGGUCCAGGGGCAGCAGUACCAGUGUCAGUCCGGGGUGAAGUUUCAUGGAGGUUUGGAGCAGAAGUUUAUUCUGGUGGACUGCCGAACUGUUUUGUAUGGGACGUACAGCUAUACGUGGUCGUACGAGAAGAUCAACGCCAGCAUGGUCCUGGUGGUCACUGGUCAGCUGGUUUGCUCUUAUGACGAGGAGUUUCGAAGGCUAUACGCUCGCUCCACGGUUCCUGUGGUUCUGUCCAGGGAGACUCCAACCAUCCAGUACCUGAGAGACUCUGUGGCCUUCCAGAGCCCAAACUCCAGCCAACUUUCCCUUCACCAAAUCCACAUGAAAUCCAAAGUGAUGCACGGCAUGAGGAGUGCUCAGGAUGAUAGGUUUAAUAACGCCUCCAUGCUAACCAGGGGCCUGAGCGUGCAGGAGAGGCUGCAUCAGUCUCACUGUCCCGACAUAGGGAAUCUGGUUCGGGGACACAGUUAUGGCGGUGAACUGCAGAAGUUAACCUCCAUGACUCGGCUGAGGAUGGGGACCAAGGACAUUGGAGUACCAGUUGCUCCCGAGAGGAAUGGUUCAAACCUGAGGGGGGGCGGCGACUUGCUGCCAACAAACAGGUCUCAGCAGCAGCUUCGGCAUCGCACACGCUACGGCACGGACCAGAAUCUGAUACCGUUCAACUCUGAAACGUCACUCCACAGGUGGAAGAUCGACACGUACCUGAAUGAGAACAACAUGCCUCUAGAUGCGUCAUGUGAUGCAGUAUCCCCCAUGAUAUCCCCAUUUAGCAGUCACACGGGCUUGAACGAGCAUCAGUCGCAGCUGAUUCACAGCAGGUCGAGGGACAUUAAGUCCAGGAUGGAAGAGAUGCGGCAGAAGAGGCUCAGUCUGCAAGAAUAUGCCAAUCUAAGGCAAAGCCAAGAGUCCUUGAGGUCUAUGUAUCCCCCUCUAGAAAGACCUAAAUUCAUGUCUUCAUUAAGAGGUCUGGAAAUGAGGCAGAGCAUGAUAGAGUUAGAGCCAAACACACAAAAUGGACGUAAUGUGGAAUCAGCCCACCAGAAGGUCGUCGAGCCGAACAUGGACGGCAACAAAAGAGAGACAAUGCAGACAUAUGACAGGCAUGAGCCUCACACCAGGACGACAUCGGCCGCCGCUGACUUAGAUACGAAACAGAACGAUCCAGUGCUCAAACUCUCUCAUUUGCAGUCCAGCAGUCUGAGUAUCCAGCACCAAAGAGCGAUGGAGUCUUUGACGGAGAUCCCUGAAGAGAAAGAGGGUUCAAAUACUCGCAUCAACGGUUCGGACUCAGCUGCAUUCAUCAACGGAUGUGAGGAAAAUCGCAAGGAAGAAGUAGCUGUUCCGAAGGAGAACUCUGUGAAACCGAGCUCGCCCACAGAAUCGCAGCGUCAGGAUCAAGCCAGUGGAAGUCAUGGUUCUGUAGGGGAGGUGGCGAACAGUUUAGGCUCAGCUGCUCCUAAAGAAAGAAAGAAAUCAGUAUCUAAUGAGGCAGAAAACAGUCAAAAGGUUAUGAACACAUCAGCAGGAUCUCAGCACACACUGGAAGCUAAGAGCAGUCACACGGAAAAGCAGCGAGACGAACCGACGCUCCAGAGAAAGAAUUCAAUGAAAACGAAAGUACAAGCAUUGCUUUCAUCAGAUGAAAAGAAAGCAUCUAAAAAAGAGGAGAGAUCCCUCCAAAGAAAGGGCUCAAUGAGAUCACAGACUCCCUCGGGAUCAAACCAACCCCUCAGGGCAGACCAUUCGCAGGCACCUGCCGCAGAGCAAACAGCAAAGAAAGGUCAAUCGCCGAGCAGCUCCCGGUCGCAGAACUCUGUCAGCAGUACGACGGAGAGUGAGAAGCAUAAAUCUGCAUUCCCAAGAUUAUCUCCUCACCGUUCGAGCAAAAGAAAGACAAACGUCGCAGCAGAGCAGGACCGAGGCUCAAAGAACACUCUGGACGACGAGGGAGCGACCGUCUUUCAAACCAGGAGAGAGAAGGCCUACAGCCGGUACGAGUAUUUGCUCAGCACUGAAAGUAUUCCUCCGGAUAAAUCGAUGAGGACCGCAAGCAUGUAUCCCUCAGACAAAGACAGAAGAUCCUCCCUGAACAAGCACGAAUCCGGCUAUCCGACGCAUCAGACGCAAAGCGGCAAUGACAACAAACUGGGACGAUUCAUGCAGCGAGUAGGAAAUCUCAUAAGCAAGAAGUAGAGAGACAGGAAUGAAUGAAGGCGAAGUCACUGAGCAGUCCUUGUGUUGUUUUUUUGAUUUAUUUUGGCUCCAACACACAUGGACUGAUCUUAUAUCACUGAUGCCAAAACACAAGAUGUAUCAGGUAUCUGGUUCCAAAUAAGCGUCUCUUGUUUUACUCUGAAUUGGAUGUUACAAGGAAGCAGGGUUAAUGUGAAAAUACCAGUCUGUCAAGUCGACACGUGAUGAGGUUAAAGCGGGGCAAAUAUGACCGUAGCGCUUCUAGACACUGAAAAAUAUUCUAUCAGAUGAGUUGAAUUGUAAAAAUUAUUGUUAAAAAAAGAAAACACUGACUUUUUUUAUUGAAUGUGUUUGUUUAGUCUGGUGAUAUUCUAUAUUUUGAUAAAAACCAAAGCCAGCAAUUAAUGUAUCCUGCUAACAAGGAUUGUCCAAAUAUAUUGUUGUUCAAAAACUAUUAAAAACACAUCACUGAGCCGCACUGUUGCACUGGGUGACAUUUUCCUUCAUUACCAUGAACACACACACACACACACACACACACACACACACACACACACUGUAGUUUAUUUUGACACGGCUCCACAUACACUGUCCUGCUGCUGUAAAUACUCACCGGACUCCCCAAAUGUGGAUUAAUCCGCAACUGGAAAUAGUCCCAAACAAAUGCACUAUUUCCUCCUGUUUGAGUAAUGUUUGUAAAAAAUCUACAGCACCUAUAGAUGUUCUAGGAAAUUACAACGCUUUUUUUUUUUUUUUUUUAAUUGAAUGUAUAUAUUAGUGAUCCAUUUUAAAGGAUGUACAUCUUCAGUAGGACGAGCCACAGACACAGUAUGGAGUAUUGUGGAAUGGACACAUAAACGCUUUGUUGGUUUUAACAAAAAUCAUAUGAUAUCAUCACACUCAGCCUUAUAAGUCUUACAUUUUUAUUUGUCUAAUUUGACAUUUUUUUCAAGUAAGGAGUCAUACGACACAUUCGGCUCUCCAUAGGCUUAAUGAUUUUCACAUUAGUGUGUUCCUGUUUGAAGCACAAGGCUGCGAAACACUGUAAAAUCCACAUAUUUAAUUAAACAAAACACACGCCGCAGCCACACGGACCAAAGGGACAUGUAGCCUUGAAACCAAGUGGAUGACUUUACAGAAGUCACUGUGACCUUUUUACAUUGGAACUACUUUCCACUGAAGAAAUAGUUUUAUUUUGAAAAACCUGAUCACAGUAACCAGGACGUUACUUCUGGAAAGAGAUUCUGCUGUUGCCUAUAUAAAGGUAAUUUUUCAAUGCAUGUCGCAGCACUUGCAAAAUCCCAUUCACCAUCCCAUUGUGUUGGUGAAGCAGAAGAACUGACAGGAACAGAUACCUCUGCACGAAUACUAAUAUCUGUACUAUGUGAUGCUACUAGUACUAACUGUCUGUAUGGAGAUGUGCCACAAUCGGCUAUUUUGGAGCUUUCCGCCAUAGCUUGUGAUCUUCUUCAGCAGAUGGCGUUCACCCAGCUGUCAUGUGAUUGUAGCUGUAAAUUAAUAUUUUGUCUGAGCACUUUAAGGCCUUUUCAUCUAAGGCCUUAAAGUGCGAAAUGAUAGAAAUUUAUAAAUGUGCAAUUCUGGCACAACUGGGAAAACUUUUUCUCCUGAGGAAGAUCACAAGAUAUGAUCCAAAGCUCCAGAACAGCUAGUAAGUGGACCUUGAGUUGAGAUAAUAAAAAAAAAAAAUUACAGUUAAAUGACACUUUAAACUGUAAUUUUCUGUUGUAAAUGUUUGUGAAUAGUUUUCAUGAGGUUUACAUUUGUACAUGUUGAAAUAUCCACUGUAAAUAUUCAAUGUGAAAAGAAGUGUUGAUAUUAAAGACACUUA